CUUCUCUACUCAAAUGUCCUCAUGACACAAAGCCAGCCACACAGACACACUACCACCACCACCACCACACAAGUGCAAAGACAAAGCUCAAAACCGAUCAGACACUGGUAUCCUCAUCGGCCGUGUCGUCGGCGUCGGCUGCUGGAAAUUCAUGCGACGACCAGCCAGACUGGUUCAGCCUAGACUCGUCCACCUCCACAACGCGAGACAGCAUCUUUUUCGGCUGCGAAAGGUCACCUGUCUCGCCGCCCCCAUACGUGUGGCUGCGUCUCAGCAGCCGCCCUGCUGGUGACGGCACGGGCACAGGAGCCACGAUAGGCGAGGGGGUGUCGCCGGUGAGCUGCUGCAUCACCUUGUCAGACACGGUCACCCGGUUGGCCAUCGGCUUCGACCGCAUCAUCUGCCCUGCGAACGAGGACACCAGCAGCCCAUCUUGGUCGUGAUCGGUCUGUCUGGGUGAGGGGGGCUCCAGCAGGAAGCACUCGGGCAGCUCGGCAACGUUUGUCGGCGCUUUCUGCUCAGAAGGGUGGAUGGAUGCAACAGGGGAUGGGGGGGCACUUGGGGUGAUAGACAUACGGUGCGGAGGGACAGGGAACCCCACUGGUGGCCGGGGGGCGGGCGCAAGAGGGGCCUCGGCGUGCUGUUGAAGACACGACGCCAGAUGGGCGAGAAGCUGCUGGUUCCGGUGCAGCUCUCUCAACAACAUGUCUCUCGCAUUAGUCGGCGGCGCAGCACCCACCACGGGCUGCUGCUCUGCCAGUCGCUGCAUAAAGACGUUCUCCCCAGCCAUGAUGGUCACUUCGGGGCCAUGGCUCUGUGAAGAUGACUUGGCCGUAAGCGGCGUCUCUGGGUGGGCAACGGCUCCAUCCGGCAGCUGGAAGGUGAUCCUGCCCCUGGACGAUACCCUUUGACGCGAUGGCGGAAGAAGAAUGCCGGCAGAUGAACGCUUAUGGUGUUGGAGCCUCUGGGGAAUGGGGGUUUUGCUGUCGUCCAGUUGUUGGCCCUUGCUGCUUAGUUCAGUCCCUGUGCUGCUGCUGACGACGAUCUGAACGUGGUCCGUGUCGGCCGCAUCAGGGUUUCUCUCGCUGCUAUCGGCUGUCGUUGACUGGUUGAGUGACUCAGGCGGCCCUUGACAGAAGAUCGGCGUCUCAGCCACCUCACCACCCUCCCAUCCAUCGGGCUCGCGGUUGUCACCCACCUGUACAGAGCGACACCAUCAACAUGCCAGCAUAUCCAUCCUCGCAAUUCUCGUUGCUUUGCCACACUGACGCCUUCUCCGGCCGCCUGAGGCGAAGAGUCGCCGAGUGGGGUUCCCAUCGUGUGAGGUGACGACUGUCCGCUGGCGCGUGAGCUCAUGACAGGUGUGAAUGCUGAGGGGCCCCAGCCAGCCAUUUGGGCGUGUGUCCGAUAGUAGCCAUGGGGGCCCAGCGCACCCAUAGCCGCGAACAUUGAGGGCGUCAUGGGCUGGGUGCCACGGCUCUGAAGGAAGGGACAAAACAAAGGAAGAUACACGCAGCCGCGGACAUGCAGAAAAGGCCUCUCUGUCGGUCCGUGUGUGUUGCCCACUGGUAUGCUUUCCGAUCCGUGUCUGAUGGUGCCGGGGGUGAUGCCGCCCACAGAAAAAGUGUCGCCCAGGAGCGGGUUGCUGAUAUUCGGUUCCAGGCGUGAUGGCGGUGCGGUGUGGUUGAGCAGAGCAGCUGGGAUUCCGGGCACAGUACGUUGGCUGACGGCCGCUGUGGAAUUGGCAUGUAAUGAGGGACCUCGACUGAGGGAGAUAAGGGGGGGGGGAUGUGGCUUUUCUGUGUCGCUCUUGUAUGAUGUCGCGUACAUGGUGAUGCGUGGCAGCUUGACCACUCUUGACAGCCAGAAGGUCCGCUCAGAGGAUCUGUCCAUCAUGGGCUGCCGGGACUCAUCAGCGUCUGACACGGACAAGAAGACCGACAAGUUACUCAGUUGUGUGUCUCCACAAAAUUCCCCCGUGACUGCUUUUACGUCGUGGGCAGUUGGAUGUCCAGUGUCCCUCCUGUCCGCACUUCUGGCAGUACACCUUAAGCAUGUGUAAAUGGCCCCUCGCUAUCUCGUCUGCAGUUCGACGAUAAAAAUCCAUUAACAAGGGAAAGGACUGAAGCACCUCCAACAGCGCCUGAACAGCAAAACAGACGUGAGACGAAUGUGGUGUCUCUUUUUCCGUCACAUGUCUUGCUUACCUCUCUGGAAACAGAGACCAGUUCGCAGUAUGUCUCGCACACGACAGUGGCGGUCCUCACUCGGUUGGCCAUGAAGAGUGUCAGCUCCCCCAGCCACCCACCACCAGACACGGACGGGUAAAGGGCCACGUCGAAGGCUGACGGGUCCGCAGGGAUGGUCGGCACCACACGCACUCUGCCUCGGACCACAAAAAACAUCGUCGAGCCCUGAGAAGACGCACAUAUCCGCACUUACACAAGGGAGCCAGAGGGCUGUGUGACGAUUGUAUGUGUAUGUGUGUGUCUCACCCUCGAUCCUUUUUCAAAAACCACAUCGCCCGGUGCGAACAGGUUGCUCUCACACUUUUGCGAGAGUGACGUCAUGAAGCGGCGGCCGCAUUUCCGAAAGAAGGGGAACAAGAUCAGCACAUUGCCCAGCAGGUAGGCCAGCACUUCCUUGCGCAAAGAGUCAGAGAGUUUCGACAGCACCUCCCCUGACGCGUCCUGGUUGACACAUGGGGACAUUCCAUGGGUGCCGAUGGACUGCUCCUGGUGUCCCCUGGUUGUGUACCUGUCUAUCGAGACCUGCGUCGAAGGCAUGUGCGAGAUAUCUCCUGAUGCGGUGCUGCAGCUCUGGAGGCAGCUUCUUCUUCCGCAUGUAGCGAUUCACCGACUUGAUCUCUCGCCGAAACUCGGCCUACGGACACAAUAUGCAAAAAUCCUACUAAGUACAGAGAAGUGUCUCCAUGUGUGGCGUCUUACCUCUUCUUCGCCAAAUUUGUUGGCCACGCUUGCAAGGGAUGAGACAAAUGUGGCGAAGAGGCCGGCAGCGAUGACCAUGCAGAAGACGGCGAAGAUCUGGAUUGAUGAAGGGAACAACAUGGAGAAAUGACAGAGACGAGGGCGCGGGCUUGCGACCAACAUUUACCUGUUCAUGGUAGUUUCUCGGCCUGAUGUCGCCAUAUCCCACAGUGCUCUGCCAAGCCAAAGACAGCAGACGAACGAUUAUUGCGCCCCGAUACCCGUGUUUUCUCUCACCAUCGUAGUGACAGCCCAGUAGACUGACGCAACAUAUUGGUGCGCCUUGGGGGCUUUCCGCAGCUCCUCAAAAUCCACCCAUGUUGUCGGCACCUCGUCUGCGCCCUCAUACUGGGCCGGGGGGUCGAUAUGCGCCCCAACGGUCCACCAGAUGCACGCUGCCCAAUGUGCGAUGAAAGCCUGCACAUGGGAGACAUGCAUACCUCAGAUCACUGCAAGUAUCUGUUCCACAUGGUGUGGCUCACCAGAAGGAACACGAGUUUGGUGGCUUGCAGGGAGAGGCUUAGCCAGUCCGAGUGGAUGAGGUUCUCCACCGCGGCCCACACGUUCCUCAGCUUGAGGACGCGCACCAGACGGAUGACCCUCAGCAGCUUGGUGAACCGCAGUAUACGGACAAGCCGGAGGGUCAUCCAUAUGUUGUCGUCGGUAAACCAUGAUAUCGGGGAGGUGGCUGUGAGGUCGAGGAUGAACCAUGUGCCCAGGUAAUGCACCACAACCAGCCUGACAAGACAAAGCGCCGGAAACGCUGGCCGCGGCCGCUCUCUUGUCGGAAUCAAUUCUUCCUUACUGUCUGUCGGUGAUGAGCGUGUUGCCGUCGUAGUAUGCCGUGUUGAAGUUAAGGAGGAUGUCGACGAUCCAGAAGACGUCCACCAUGAUGAAGAACACAGCUGCGCCCCCCGUGAAGGUGUGGACGAAGCACACCUCAAAAGGCACAACCACAAUGAUCACCAAAAUCAGAACGAAACCCACCAACUGAACCGAGAAUGGAUUGAAUGGAUGCAUGUUCGUCUUUCUGAUCCAUGCUUACGUCCCAGGUCAGUCGGAAGGUUGAUUCAGGCGAGAUGACGCCCCAGCUCCUGCCUCUCUGCAUGUAGGUCUGUUGGGACUCCAUAAGCUUCCUCUUGAUGAGUGCCGAUGCCCUCUUCUUCCACAGGUUGGCCUUAUCCAUGGUGUGGCGCAGAGUGGAGCCGCCGGCGGCCACGUCAGACUGUGCAGUAGGGGAUGGCUCAUCGCCACCAACUGAUGAGCGAAGAGGGGCGGCCGAGUUCCUGGCUGACUGAAUGUGAGGCUCUUCUGAAGCCAUUGCGGUUGAAUCGCCC